AAUAGAGCAUUUUUAAUUUUUUAAAUUAAUUGAAGGCUUAUUAAGUUGUAAGCUGUAUCGUAUCUGAAUAGAAUCAGGCCUUAGGGUUAAACCUAAUUUCUCUGAUGUUAUAAUUAUUCUCUAAAUUUAUUGAAAUUCCUGACUAUUCCAAAUAAUGGCAGAUUCUAACAUUUCAGACACAAAUAAUUGUUACCUGAAUCCAGGAUUAAGCCAACCACAACAGUCCUAUAACACUAACGCAUCAUACGCAUACUCUAACGUUGGAGAUGUUUCAGAAAACCCAACAUAUCAUUAUAACCAAGACAAAUCUAAUGAUUUUGUAGGUGGAUAUCAACAGUCAAACGGUUAUUCCACCUUAACAGAACAACAAGGCCAGAAUUUAAAUAAUUACGAAUCCACCCAGUUUGUAGGCUACCAGUACCAACCUAAUAAUGUAUCUUAUGACAAUUCAUCACAGUACCAGAAUUAUUCUAACCAACCAGAGUAUUAUCCAGUUCCUCAGGGACAACAUAAAACUGAUGAAAACUAUUACUCUGUCCAAGAUGAAGCUAAUUUAGCAAAACAACAAAAUGACGCUUAUCAGGUUAAUUCACACAAUCAUUAUUCACAAUCAGAUCGAAACCACGAUGGUUCAUUGACUACUGAUACUAGUAGAUCAUCAGGUGCUAAUGAAGAAAGAUUGGAUAAAUCAGAUAGAGACUACAGACGUGAUAGAGAACGAAAACGCUCCAGAAAUAGAUCAGUGAAUAGUAGAGAGAGCUAUCGUAGGCAUAGAAGGAGAAGUCGUAGCUAUGAUAGAAGAGGCCACAGACGAAGCCAUAGCCACAGAAGGCGACGAAGCAGAAGUUACAGAAGAAGUAGGAGCAGAAGCCAUAGAGGCAGCAGGCGUCAUCACAGCCAUCGCCAUUCUAGACAUCGUUCAAGAAGUCGCUCAAAAUCAUCCCACAGAGAACGUGAAGUUGAGUACCAAAAGAGUGACAGGACUGAUAACGAUAGGGAACCUAGAGAUAUAGGCUUGGAUAUAAUGGAGAAGGCAAAAAUCCUUAGAUCAAAUGAAAUGGAAAGAAGGAGAAUGAAGGACAUAGAGGAAGCACAAAGAGAUGAUUUAACAGUUUUGGUCUCAAACAUGCACCUCUCAGUGGAUGAAAGAGACAUAUACGAGCUGUUUAGUGAACACGCAGGAAAAGUCAGAGAUAUCCAGUGUGUAAGAGAUCUCAGAAGUGGCCGUUCCAAAGGAAUAGCAUAUGUAGAGUUUUACACUCAAGAAUCUGUUAUCAAGGCACUUUCAAUGACUGGAAUGUCAAUGAAAGGUCAAGGUAUUAGAGUACAUAGCUCCCAAGCUGAAAAGAACAGAGCAGCUAAGGCACAAAAACAACUUCAGGAUAAUGCCUUGAAGGAAAGUGACAAUCCAACUACAAUCGUUGUAUCAAACCUAUUGGGAGUUUUGAGUUAUCUGAAUGAAAUUGAACUAAACCAGUUGUUUUCUCCAUUUGGAAACAUCAUAGACGUAGCCCUGGCAAGAACAGAUGAUGGGAACUCUAAAGGAUAUGCAUACAUACGAUUUAAACGGUGGAACGAGGCUAAGGAAGCGUUGAAUGUGAUGAAUGGCUUCGAUAUCAAUGGACAACAAAUUAAAGUUGCCUACGCUAACACCAGAAAGGAUUCGAAGAGUAGAUUACACUCUUUAGGUGACGUGGAUAUGGAAAGACUUGAUGACGAUGAUGCAGGCUUAAUAUCAGGAUCAAACAUUAAAAUAGCAUUAAUGAAGAAGUUACAACAACGCCAGCCGCUUAAUAGUUCUAACCUGGUCUUGAGCAACAUGUACACAUCUGCAGAUUAUGAAGAUAAUCGUGAGUUCUUUGACGAGAUUGAAGAAGACGUUAAAGAAGAAUGUGGUAAAUACGGAACCGUAAUACAGGUUUUCGUGAAUAAAAGAAAUCCAGACGGAAAAGUUUAUGUAAAAUUUAAAAAUAACGAUGACGCACAAGCAGCUAACAAGAGCUUACAAGGAAGAUAUUUCGCAGGAAACACCAUACAGGUCUCGUACAUCUCAGACGAUCAGUACCAAGAUGUUGUCAAUAAGUCGUAGUUUUAGAAUAAAAACAGAAACCAAAUAAUUAUUAGGGUCUAUUUGAAUGAAAAACGGAAUUAUUUUUGGAUUCAUUGAUAAAUCUUUAUACACAUACCACUAUAAGGCCUGCCUUCUUUUAAACUAGUUUAUAAUUUUUUCGCAAUUUUUA